GGAAUCUUCUCUUUCAGCCAAACUGCCGAACUCUGUUGCGGUAACAUUCGAUUCGUGCCCUCAUGCGUAGCUAGCCCUUACACGUACGGUUUGUGGCCUCAUAUAUAAAUCUGCUGCCGUCAAUUCGAACUCGAAAUAGCGACCUCCAUCUUACUCUCGACGUAGCUUAAGCUGACAUCAUCGCUCUUUGCUCUCACAAUUCUCCCAAAACGAGGCCUGAUAGCAACCUUCUUCAUUCCCACGCUGUAGAAAAGCAAUAUCGCAAUGGCUGCCAACGGUACCAACAGCACCAAUGGCGUCAAGGACAAUAACAGCAAAUUCGAUCCCCACUUUACACAACACGUCAUUGGCCUUAUGGCCCCCGAGACACAACCCAGACACAGAGAAAUCCUCAGCUCUCUGAUCAAGCACUUGCACGACUUUUGCCGGGAGGUCGAGCUCACGCAGGACGAAUGGAUUAUCGGUGUCAACUACGUCAACUCGAUCGGCCAAGCGUACAAGAAGAACCGAAAUGAAGCAUGGAGGGUGUGCGAUGUCCUGGGCGUCGAAUCGCUCGUCGACGAGAUCAACCACAAGAUCGCCACCGAAAAAGGCAUCGAACCCACAUCUUCAACCAUCCUCGGGCCCUUCUGGUCCCCUGACACACCAUUCCGAGAUCUUGGUGCCAGCUGCGUCCUGAAUAUGCCAGCAGAUGGGCAGCUCACGCUGUUCCAUGGUGUCAUCAAGGACGCAGAAACCGGCAAGGGGAUCCAGGGCGCCGUCUUCGAUAUGUGGCAAGCCAGCACCAACGGGAAGUACGACGUCUUCGAUCCCGAGCACCAACUGUCAAACAACCUCCGAGGCAAGUUCCGCACCGACGAGAACGGCAAGUUCUGGUUCUACUGCCUGAAGCCGACCGAAUACGCGAUCGACACCUCGGGCCCCUCGGGCGACCUCCUCAAGUUGAUGGGCCGGCACCCCAACCGCCCCGCACACAUCCACAUGAUGGUCACUCAUCCCGACUACAUCGGCGUGACGGCUCAGCUGUACCCGAACGACGACCCGUGGCUGGAGACGGACACCGUGUGUGCGGUCAAGGACGAUCUGCUCUUGGACUUCAAGCCCAUCCAAAACGACCCUAGUGGCGCCACUCUCGACGUUGAGUACGACGUCCGUCUGCUAUCAAAGAAGUACAAGCCGGAUUCGAGUAUGUUGAUGGGGAACGCAAACCAGAACAAUUUCUGAUCCGAGUCUGUUGACGGUGGCCGGUUUGGUGUCUUCUUUUUUGAGAGCAUUCUUGCAAAUAUCUUGGAGUUUUGUUUCGUGUAUAUAGCAUAGUAGCCAGUGGCGGCGGGAAAACAAUAAAGAAGCUCGAUAGAAACUACUCCCGGGCCAGAAGCGUGCACAUAUCAGCGAUUAGGUCAGGGACAUCGCCAGGCAGAUCUCAUAGCAGGCUUAAAGCGAGUAGAGAUUUCGGUCAAUGACUUCAAUUGGCUUCGACGUGAAGGCCCAG